AGAUGAAAUGAUCUGAUCAGAUUGUCGCAAAUUAGCCAACUUGCGUUCCUGGCAUAAGUCAUGGCGACCAGGGCUGUAUAUAGCUUCCACAACCUCACCAAUUAUACAAGACAUAACGGUGCAAUUCGUUCGGCAGCCAGGGCUCGACAGUUUUCAGUAACAAGCGCUAAAGGAUUUCAAUUUAUUACAAAUGGGCCGAGAUCAUUGAAAAAGCGGAUAUUUGCACAAUCACUAUAUGCGCCAAUAAAGACGCAUUCACCGCGAACAUCAACUACGCAACUACAGUCUGCGAGGAACUUUUCCCAAUCCAGGAUGGUGGCUACAGAAGACGAGCGCGACAACGGAAAUGAAAGCAGCAGUCACAAAGCUUACAUUGCCCUAGGCAGCAAUAUAGGUGAUCGCAUUGCGAUGAUAGAGCGAGCCUGCGCCGAAAUGAAUAAGGCGGGGAUCAAGGUCAAACGAACGAGCUCACUUUUUGAGACGGCGCCCAUGUAUGUUCUUGAUCAAGAGCCUUUUUUAAAUGCGGCUUGUGAGGUCGAAACGACUCUUGGACCUAUAGAGUUACUUGAUACCCUGCAAGGCAUUGAAAAUGGUCUAGGACGACAAAAGAUCAUUGACAAGGGUCCACGUAGUAUUGACCUUGAUAUUUUGCUAUAUAACAACGAGACCGUGUCUCAUCCUCGAUUGAAUAUACCGCACAGAUUGAUGCUGGAAAGAGAAUUCGUUCUACGGCCACUCUGCCAACUGAUACCACAUGAGAGAGUCCCCUUACCAGGAACGAAUCUCACAUAUCUAUCUGCUCUUCGAUCUUUACCACCAUCCAAGACAGUCCCAGUCGUGACAAGUCCCCUAUCACCACACAUCCCACCGCUAACCCCUUCCGACCCCCAAAAAAAAACAGUCGUCAUGGCCAUUCUCAAUGUGACACCCGACUCCUUCUCCGACGGCGGGAAACACUACUAUUCAGGCGAAAACUUCAACCCCGAACAACUAACCUCUACAAUCCGUGAAUUCAUCACAGCUGGCGCAACAAUCAUUGAUGUUGGUGGUGAAAGCACACGGCCAAACGCGACUCAACUUACCGCAGAAGAAGAAUUGUCCCGCGUCAUACCCGUCAUCAAACAUAUUCGGUCCCUGCCAGAAGCAGCCAAUGUAGCCAUCAGCAUCGAUACAUACCGGGCACGAGUCGCGGCUGAAGCAUGCCGAGCAGGUGCCGAUAUCAUCAAUGAUGUAUCAGCCGGCACACUGGACCCAAACAUGUUAUCCACCAUGGCCGCAACUGGCAAAUCAGUGAUAUUGAUGCAUAUGCGCGGUACACCAGCGACAAUGAACAAACUAACCAGCUACCCCAACGGCGUCAUCAAGGACGUGGGCACAGAACUCCUAACCCAAAUCCACGUGGCAGAAGAAGCAGGAAUCCCCCGCUGGCGCAUGAUCCUCGACCCGGGUUUAGGAUUCGCAAAAAUAAAAGACCAGAAUGUCGAGUUGUUAAGAAAUCUGACCGCAUUGACUCACGGGAUCGAAGGGUUAGAAAGUUUCCCUUGGCUGAUUGGGACAAGUCGCAAAGCUUAUAUUGGUCAUAUUACUGGCGUUGAGAAGGCGAGUGAGAGGGUUUGGGGUACGGCGGCGGCUGUUACAGCUAGUGUUCAGCAAGGGGCUGAUAUUGUGAGGGUGCAUGAUGUUAAAGAGAUGGGUCAGGUUGUUAAGAUGGCAGAUGCUAUUUACCGGUCAUGA